CGGGGAGAGUGGACAGGAGAUAAAAGGGAGAUCAGGGCCAGCUGGAAGUUGCUGAAAGCUGCUGGGACUGGGAGCAAGGGAGGACGGCAGCGAGAAGUGCGGGCCCAGAGUCCGGGAUGAGGCUGCUGGUGCUGGCCCUGGCCACCUGGCUGGGGCUGGCCUCGGCCUCUGAGGAGGUGGCCAACAGCAGCCGGAUCUGCCAGGAGGCACCAGCAUGGAGCAUCAAUGGCUCGAGCCCCAUGGAGGGGGCGGCAGGGCAGGUGACCGUGGUGGCUCUCGACAAGGACGACUUCCUUGUCUAUGACCGGUGCGGCCGCCUGGCUUUCCACAUCCAGCUGCCCUUCAGCUUCCUCUACUUCCCCUACGUGGAGUCGGCCAUCCGCUUCACCCACAGCAAGGACUUCUGCGGCAACUGCUCCCUCUACCCCAACACUACACAGGAGGCUAACAGUACCAUGGAGGUCCCUGUAACCCCGAGCCCGCUUCCUGAACAUGAAGGGAAGGAGUCAGGGACCCCCAUCCACCAGCACAAGCCCCUCCAUCCUCAUCGCCACCAUGAGGUCAGCAAUGAGAGAGCCACAAACCCAAGUGGGGACCACGAACCUGCUGCCCAUCCUCACCACCACCAUGGGGACCAUGAUCAUCUCCAUCACAAGGGGAAGAAGCAGAAGGAGGGGAAUGAGCACUAAGCCAGGCUGGGCAGCCUUGCAGAACCCGGUAGUGUGCAGAACACCCCAACUCACUUCACAGAGGCGAGGAAGGACUUGCUUUGGGCUGCUGGUCACCAGCAGCACUGGUACAACAACUCCCUCCAGCAUCCCCCAUGUGGGUCACACUCCCACACUGUGGUAGCGAUGGAAAUCUCCCUCGGACCCUGCUCAGUGCUGCAUUUUCCACCCCGGGGCUCAGUUCUGAGCCUUCCUCUGCUGCUGUCUGCCUUUCCAUGCUCAAUGAAGCCCGCUGUGCAAACCAGGAGGUCCCUGGUCACUGCUGGCUGACACUGCAUGGAGCAGCAGGGCAGGGAUGGAGGGGCCAGAGCUGGGAUGGAAGCAGCACUGCCAGCACCCUCUGCCCAUCCCAACACUUCUGGGGCACCCGUGGGUGUCCUGGCCAGGGAGCGAGGGGAGGGACAGUGUGUGCCCUGCAGGACAUGGUCCCAGGAGUGCACAAGAAGUGGUGGGAUGUCACAGCUCCCCAUGGUCCAAACCCCAUACCCCCAUAGCUGUCACAUCCUGGGGACCCCUCAGACCGUGCACACGGGUAUGUGCAGUGGUGGUGGGUGGCCGCAAGAUGGUGGCCUUGUCCCCUCUUGGAGACCCAGGGGCUGUAUGGAAGGGCCCCCAGCCCUGGGAGGAAGGGGUGAGGAUCCCGGGGUCUCUCCUGGGGGAAGCGA